UUUAUAGAAUGUUCCAUUUACCUCUCCUUAUCAAACAGUAAGAUUGCCUUAUAAACUUGGGACAUACGUGCUGUCAGCCAGUUUGUCACACAACGUUUAAUUUGAUAUGCAGUCAUUACUUGCUAUUGUUCUAGUCGUAGCGGCAGCCAGUGUAGACGCUGCUUGCCCUAGAGAUUGGACUGAACUUGAAGGAUCAUGUUGGUUCGUUAGUCAUGAAAAGUCAAAAUGGACAGAUGCCAAUUCUGCCUGUCAAUCAUUCCAUGGAGAACUUGCUGUUUUACCUGACAGGCAGAUCUUAACAUCGGUAACAGAUGGUUUAUUAAGGCAUACCCACGGAGACAAGUUUUGGCUUGAUGGCUCAGAUAUCAUCACAGAAGGAGACUGGGUGUGGAACGCCAAUUUACAACCCAUUGAUUUACACAUGCUAGGAAUAUCUAUUAGCGACAAUGACAAAGACAAAAAUUGCCUGUAUAUCGACAGAGAUCACCAUAACAGCUGGAAGGCUGAAUCUUGUGAAUCGGAUGCAUAUUAUAUUUGUCAGCACAGACCAACUGGUUCAUCAGUAUUGGGAUAGAUCAUCAUGUCUGAUAGAGGAAUUACCACUAGUAUUAUAUAUUAAAGUAUAUUCAAGUGAAA